ACGAUUUUUUUUCUUUUUAAAAUCUAGGAUGGAUGCAACUUUAAAGGAGCUGACAAGUUUAGUGAAAGAAGUCUAUCCAGAAGCACGGAAAAAGGGAACACAUUUCAAUUUUGCCAUUGUUUUUACAGAUCUCAAAAGACCUGGUUAUAGGGUGAAAGAAAUUGGCAGUACAAUGUCGGGAAGAAAGGGCACAGAUGAUUCCAUGACGCUGCAGUCUCAGAAAUUCCAGAUAGGGGACUACUUGGAUAUAGCGAUUACGCCUCCAAAUCGGGCACCACCCCCAUCAAGCCGGAUGCGACCAUAUUAAUGUGUCAUUUUUUUGUAGGUGACUGUAUCUUCCAGUGGGUUUUACGUGCUAUAGGAAACAGACCUUUUUUAUUACUAUUGUUAAGCAAGAUCUGAAAACACUUCUAAGCCUUGACAACAAGAGUAAAUAGUUUUACUGUGUGAGUUUAAAAGAAACAGUAUCUGAAUCUGCUUUGUUCUGUUCUUUCCUAGCUUUUAUGGUAUGAAAAGUAAAUAGAAAUAUUCAGUGUUUCAAGAUCUGUGUAGAAUGUGACUGAGAGCUUAGAAGUGCUCUUACCAUUCUGUUAAAAGCCAUCUAGAGUGGAAUAAACAUUGUUAUUGUUCUGAACAUGUUUCUGAGUUUGAAGACUAGAUCAGGCCUGAUUUAAUGACUGUUGAGCUUGAUUAAAAACAAACCGCUCAAAGGAGAACUAGUGUUUUUCUUCACAGACUUGCUACCUAGCAGUACAUGAACAGUGGCAUCGGUGAGCAAAUCCUUGUGUAUGAUUACUUACUUUCCAGAAGUAAGUCUCCAAGUAACAUUUUGUUUGUUUAUUGGGUUUUUUUAAAGAGUAAUUAAUCUUUCCUUCUCAUCAAAACAAACAUAACCUAUAAAAGUCUAGUUUUACUAAUGCAUCUGGCCAUUUUAAAGGAAAAACAAGUGUUCUUUAUUUUAAAAAAAACUUUAAAAUUUUAAACCGAUGUUAGAUGCACAUCUAGCGGUCUCUUGGGUUAUUGGCAUAACUAUUGAUACAAGCAGCCAAAGAUUCCUUUUUGUGCCAGGUACCAGAACUAAGCAAGGAACCAGUCCCUCCUUUACUUUUAAUGUUUCCAUUAUUUGGGCCUAGGCAAACAAAU